ACUUCUGUGAAUACAAAAAGUGACAAGAAAAAAGAGUAUUUGUAGUGUAUAUGCUUUUAGAAACAGAAUUCUUAUUCUUUACAGAAAGCAGAAACAUUACAUAGUAAAAACCAGAAAUGUCAACCAAAAUAGAACGCCGGUUAAAGUUACGAAAAAAAUGCAAUGAUGAAACGCCUUUAAAACAUUCAAAAUCCUUGACAUUAGGUAGCGACCGAAAAAGCAAAUCAGGCUCUUGCUCAGUAACUGACUUUAAAUGUGAAACACUUGGCAUAUCUCCUCUCAAAGUGGACAUAAAUUCAGAAAAGAGGUUUCGUAAAAAAAAGAUUAGAAGUACUCAAGACUUUAACCGUCUUAACAGUAGUGUCACAUCACAGGAUUCUGAGGAAUCAACAAAAAACAGUGCCAAAAAGACUAAAAAGUCCAAGAAAGUAUAUAAUUUACCAAGAAUAUCCCAAGUAGCUGAUUAUUUUUCUGCAAAUUCGCAAAAAUUUUCUAAUGAACAUAUACAAAAGAAAAAGUUUAAGAAGUCUAGGAAACACACUGAUGGAAAUAAAACAUCUGAAAAUCCAAGUAUGGAAACUCGAACUAUUACCGAUAAAAUGAAGGAAGAUGACUCUAAUGGAAGUAAUGAAAAUUUAGGUUUAUCAAGCUUUAGUCAAUCACAGUCUGAACAAAACAUUGAAAAAGGCUUUAGUACCGAUGAAGAUUCAGAUGAAGAAUUUGUAAUAAAAGAUAAGAGCCCGAAAUUAAAGAAAAAGAAGCAUAGUGCAAGUAAUAUUAAUGUUAAUAUUGAAACGGAAAAAAUGAACACAGCUGAAAGGUAUGCUAAAAGAAUAAGAAAGCUGUUAAGUGAUACCUUAAUAAGGGAAUCUCAGAGCAAUAAUACUAGUAAUUCAUCAGUCCUAUCAACGCCUGCAUCUGACAGGAAAUUGGAACAAAACAAGAAAAUAAGUACAAAACAAAUAAAAGUUCAAGUGACUCCAAAAGUUGAUAAAUCAACAAUUUGUAUGGAUGAUCAGGGAGGAAUUGGGAAACAGUCUGCCACAGCAAGACUGUCACGUAAAAUAAAUUCUACCCCUUAUCCUAAAACGCAAGAAAAACUGUCAGUCAGCAAAAGACGGAGCAGAACAAACUUAGAAAAUUUCCUGUCAGGCCAGGAAUCUAUAAAAAUGAAAAACAAGAAGAGCACUAUCAGAAGCAGCACCCUAACUGUGAAUGUCAGUUUUGACGUGGACUUUGAUUCUGAUGAUGAUGAUGUUUUUAAUAAUACGCUUGAAAACAAAUUUAUUGAUGAAGGUUUUAAAAAUGAGACAUUUUCAAAUAAUAAUGCCACCAUAAAUGGAAGGAAGUCCUCUAGAAAAUCUGUGCGUUUCCAGUCUCCGGGAAAAAAUAUUCGAAGAGAGACCUUAAUUUUGUCAAAACUAACUACAGAAAAUAUGACCAUGACACCAUAUAAAAGUGACAACGAUGACGGUACCCAUACUAACAGUUUGUCGGAUGGACUCUCAACUACUAAGGGAAAUAAAACUUUUGAAAUCACUUCACCAAAAAUUAUAAAUCAAACCAAUUCGUAUGAGAAUGUAUCUCAAAAUGAAGUUUCAAUUAUUAAUAAUUCAUUAAACAAACAAAAUAUGUCUUAUAAAUAUUCUAAGGCCAAUACUUUAAAAUCGCCAAAGAGAAAAAGUAGCAGCGAAUUAUUAUCUCCCAGAAACAAAAGCUUAAGAAAUUCUACAAAUGAAAAAGAAGAUAAUAUUUUCAAUUCAAUUAUCGAUUUAACAACCCCUGUGCCAUUAAAAAAAAUAGAACCAGGUGUUGUCCCUACCAGUGAAAAAUUAAAUACUAAUGGUUUAAAUGAUAUUUCAGUACAGUUAAAUAGGGAGGCAACAUUUUCCAAGGAUGAUGAGGAAUCUUUUAGUACCCAGUCAGCUCAACUUAAGGAUGAUAAUGAAACUUUAACCAAUAUUUCAUUUGUGCCCAGUUUAGUUAGAACUGCCACAUUUAUUAAAGAUGAUGAAACUAUAAAAGAAUCACAAAAUCUAUCUCCAGAUUUGAACUAUUCUCCAUUACCAUCCAACACUUCCUACUCUAAGAUCCUGGACACCUCAAAAGUAAACAAGAGGAGACGUUGGGAUAAAUCGCGACAAAGCAUUUCAUUUUUAAAUAAUUCGCAUGAUAUGGGAAACAUUUCUACACUGCUGCAAGAAAAUAAUUCACUUAAAAAUUUGAGCAAUUUAAAUGUAGAUAUGCAUAAAGAAAUUGUUUCAUUUCCAAAUAAUUCGCUAAAUAUAUCGAACAUAUCUGCACCUUGGCAAGAAAGUGACGAUAAAAUUUUAAGUAAUUUGGAAGUAAGUGCACCUAGACAAAGCUUUGACCGAAAAUGUAGUCCUAUAAUGCCUUCCAGUAGUAGUACACCUUAUUCUAAAGGUAAAAGUAUGUUAUUGAGACAAGCUUUAUUAAAAAAUAAACAGAAAAUGGUGGAGGAUGAUAGCAAAAAUUGUACAGUGCAUAUCCAGAAACCUUUACCUGCAGUUCGAACUAAAAUACCUAAUUUUGCUCUAAUACAUCAAAGAGCUUAUGAUAAAUUGGAAAAUAUUAAAGAAAUGAGUGAAAGGAAAGCCACCAGAGCAAAGUUACUGUUAUCAGGACGCAAGCCGCCAGAUGAAAAUAUCCCAAAAGCUUCCACCAAAAGAAAGGAAUUGAAAUUUAGUCCAGUCCAUUUAAAAUCUUCGCCAUCCAAUGAAACGAAGAAUGUUAACAGAAGCCGAAAUAAUAAACCGAAUAUUUCAGUUACUAAAAUUAAUAACUUGUCUCCAUCAAAAUCAAAUCUAAAAGUGGCGAAUAAAGAAAAUAAAUUAAAUCCCCUAGGGAAAAAGAAGGAACUCUUAAAGGCUAAAUCACAAUUACCAAAACCAAAGGCAGUUAUUGCUGAGGAAAAAGGCUUUACACGGUUCGGUUUCAAAGUAGGUUCAGUGAAUAUUAAAAAAGCCUCUAAAGAAGAACAAGUAAAAGCGGUGGCAGCAAAAUCCAAAAUAAUGAAAAAUACAUUAGAAGAAAGAAGAAAUGUUAUUCAAGGAGUAAGGUCCAACAGAAGAUUUGAGUUAUUAAUGAAAAUGCGGAAUAAAUAAUUAUUUUACAUUUUAGCAUUAAAAAGCUGAGGAAGCAUUGGGAUAAUAAAAGUAAUAUGAUAGUGUUUCCUUCUAUUAUUUGAAAUACCUACAUAAAUUUUAGUACAUUAAAAUUCUUGUUGACAAGUAUGCUGUUUGAAAAUAAAUAGAUAAUCUUAGGGUUAAAAUUGAUGUUAAUUUUUAAUAACAUUAAUCUUUUAUUUAACCGAUAACUAAAUAUAUGAUCUGCUUUCUUAAAUAUAUCGUAGCAUUUACAUCAAUAAUUUGUUUGCGAUAUUAAAUCCAAUUAUAGCUGUUAAGAUAUGCCCUCCAAAUCUUAGGGAUGUUUCUUUUAUUUUGGAAUAUUGGAUGCCUAAGAAAACUUAAGAAAUCAAAAUUGUAAAUUAGUGCCUUUGUUACAUUCUAGGUAUUUGAAAAACAAUUUUUUGGAAAGGUCAUUGUAAAGUCAGUAGGACUUACAAGAUGGUCACUGAAUAGAAGUCUACAAGUCUUUUAGGUUUUGGCUGUUUGAAUUCAAUUGCACUUUCAAUGGCUAUUUUGUUUUGAACUCUGUGAGAGACUUAUAUUUUUAGUUUUAUGUCAUAUAUAUUUAACUUGAUCAUUAUUUUAUUGUAUUUUU